AUGUACGUUAAGGCGUAUCAUCGGACACGGCUGAUGAAGCCGGAUGUUGAUCUGUGGACGGACGUGGUCUACCAGGCACAUGGAGUGACAGCAUCUUCUAAUGACCUCGUCUAUGGCUGUAUAAGGCUCAAUGAUCUGAAUGAGCCGCGUCAGGAGAAUAUUAAUGAGUUCAGCGUGAUCAGUGCUCUGUGGAAAGUGUUUAAGAAAGCCAGUCCCAAUGGAAAGCUCACUGUCUACCUGGGGAAGAGAGACUUCGUGGACCACGUGGAUCGGGUGGAGCCCGUCGACGGAGUGGUUCUGAUCGACCCGGAGUACCUGAAGGAGAGGAAAGGUGAGAAACCUGAUGUUGUGACGCUGACGUGUGCGUUCCGUUAUGGUCGAGAGGAUUUGGACGUCCUUGGGUUGACGUUCCGGAAGGACCUGUUUGUGGCAAACAUCCAGGCAUUUCCUCCGAUUUCUGAAGAGAAGAAGAGUCUGACUCGUCUCCAGGAACGCCUGAUUAAAAAGCUGGGAGAACAUGCCUAUCCGUUCACAUUUGAGAUCCCUCUGAACCUGCCGUGCUCUGUCACCCUGCAGCCGGGACCAGAGGACACCGGGAAGGCCUGUGGAGUCGACUUUGAGGUGAAAGCUUUCUGUGCAGAAAAUGUUGAAGAAAAGAUCCACAAAAGGAACUCAGUGCGUCUAGUUAUCAGGAAAGUGCAGUACGCUCCAGAAAAGCCUGGUCCUCAGCCGACAGCAGAGACCACCAGACAGUUCCUGAUGUCUGACAAACCUCUGCACCUGGAGGCCUCUCUGGAUAAGGAGAUCUAUUACCACGGUGAGCCAAUCAGUGUCAACGUUCACGUCACCAACAACACUAACAAGACCGUGAAGAAGAUGAAGAUCUCAGUACGACAGUAUGCCGACAUCUGCCUGUUCAACACGGCUCAGUACAAAUGUCCAGUGGCCACCGAGGAGUCAGAUGAUGUUGUUGCUCCCAGUUCGACCUUCUGCAAAGUUUUCACCCUCACUCCGUUUCUGGCCAACAAUCGAGAGAAACGAGGCCUCGCCCUGGACGGGAAACUGAAACACGAGGACACCAACCUGGCCUCCAGCACACUGUUAAGAGAUGGAGCCAAUAAGGAGAUUCUUGGGAUCAUUGUGUCCUACAAAGUCAAAGUGAAGCUGGUUGUGUCUCGUGGCGGGCUCCUUGGAGAUCUGGCAGCGAGUGACGUCUCUGUUGAGCUGCCCUUCACAUUAAUGCACCCGAAGCCUUUAGAAGAAUCCAUCUACAGAGAAGCUGCAGAUGAAGCUCCGGUCGACACAAACCUGAUCGAGUUUGACACAAACGAUGAUGACAUCAUCUUUGAAGACUUUGCCCGCCAGCGGCUGAUUGGGGCGAAAGAUGAUAAGGAUGAAGAUGAGGAGCCGGUAGACUCGCCCAAACUCAACGACAGAUAGAGGGAAGGAGCGACUGCGACUGCGACCACUGCUGCUGUUGUUUCGCUGCUGUUUGUAGUGUGGAGCUAAUGGAGGUCACCUUUAGGUCAAACCACAGUCUGGACACCCUUUAAACACUCAGUGGUGCCGUGUUUGUGUGCUCGUUCAUGUUUGUCGUCUCUCUGAGUCCUGCUGAGGUGUAAAAAGCUAGAAUACUGCAGCCUAGACAUCAGUAGUGUUCAGCUGGAGCGGCUCUUUACUCCAGGGGGAAUCGCCUGGAACACUGACCCGGCAUCCGCAGCUCCUAACGACAACUGGUAGCAUGCCUCUAAUGUCUCUUUGUUCUAAGUGUUUCCAUUAGGGACCAAACAGAUGUAAAGUUGUGUUGAGAUUAGUUUUAAAGUCACGUAUCAGAGGGUCUUCUUUAGAAACGACACUGCCAACUUUGGUUCAGCACUGGAGCCAAACUUCAGCUGACGGAGGAUUUUGCUGGGUAACCAUCCGUAAUCGUUCUGUCGCUAAAGCCGCAGAGCAAAUAGGAAACGGCACUGAAGGGAUCUGCUGGGUCUCCCGACCCGCCAAGAGGACUUUAAACUGUCAGAGAAAGCCGCCAAUCAUUUAAGAGCAGCCGGUGGUCUAGUUUGCAUGAAUAAAUACUUCAUAUGAUUUAUUAAUAUCGUGAAUAAUCAAACUUUAUGAAAGAUGAGGCCUGGUUUUAAAGUGGCAUACAGUUUCACAUUCACAUUUUCAUGUUGAUCAUUUUCCAAAUCAUCAUCAUCAGCAUGUAGAAUGAUUUUCUUCCAUUCAGGCAGUCGCCGGUCACUCAGUCACUUCAUUUCUAUUAAAAUGCUUUACAUGUUCUCUCAAUAUAAAUUUUAAAAUGUUUUCCUCUGAAAUGAUGAGUCAUCUGACAGAAAUUUAAACAGCGACAGUUUUAACGGUGGGUUAAACGUCAUAAAGCAAAACUACAAAGUGAAGAAUUAAAUAAAUUUAGCUGCAAAGUCUAAAAAUUUAAUCUUUGCUGCUUUUAAAGCUGUUAGACUGUAAUCUGAAACCCAAACAAUU